AUGACCAAAAGUUACCAGCCAAAAUUGAAUAUUUGCAAUGACAGGAAUGGAAAUGCUUUGACAGAGGAAGAUAAGGUGUUGGAUAGAUGGGCGGAAUAUUUUGAGAUUGCACUGAAUGAACAACAGAGAAAUGAGGAUGAAGAAAAUAGAACCUUUCUUGGACCGGAAAUUAAUGUGGAAGAGCCUACUCAUGAUGAAGUAAAGAGUGUUAUUGGACGACUCAAUAACAGUAGAGCUCCAGGAAAUAACCAGAUAAUAGCUGAGCUGAUAAAACAUGGUGGAAAAGGGCUGAGCAGGGAGCUGCAUGAACUGAUUUGCCAAGUCUGGAAAGAGGAAGUGAUGACAGGUGAUUGGAAUGUUGGAAUCAUUGUCCCCAUAUAUAUAAGAAAGGAAACAAGAAGGAGUGCUGCAACUACAGAGCCAUAA